AUGGAUGAGUUGAACGUUGAAGAAAAACUUAAAAUUGUCUCUGGCUUCUUGCUUGAAAGUCCUCCUGGAGAAAUUAAUGAUGUUUAUAAUGGUAUGUUAACAUUCAGUAGCUCCUCAGCAUAUGGAAUUUUAAUGGGAGAUGAUGAAGAAUUCGAUAGAGGAAUCAAGCAGGCUUUACGACAAUACAAUACUGAGCAAUAUGUAACUGCGACCCUCCCUGGACAAGAAACCAAGGUGAUAGUAUCCAAAUUUGGACAAAUCGAAGAAGAUUUAUAUUUGGAUCCAAAGUCGCAGCAAACCUUCAAGUUUGACCAUUUGCUUCACACCGUAACUGAUGUUCAGCCAUAUACUGUAGAUGAGACGACGGAACAUUUAAGAUCUACGAUUGAAACCGCAAUUUCCGAUUACAUUACAGAUCAUUAUCCUGAUGGCGUUUCAACAGUAUAUUAUACUGAUGGAACUUAUACGGUUGCUAUAGUGGAUGAUAAAUUCAAUCCACAAAACUUAUGGAAUGGUAAAUGGCGUUCAACUUGGGUAAUUUCUCCUGAUUCAGAUGAACUAAAAGGGACUAUCAAAGUAAACGUCCAUUAUUACGAAGAUGGAAAUGUGCAGUUAAAUUCUUCCAAAGAAAUCGAGAUUACGGCUUCUGCAAGUUCCGAGGAUCCAGCCGAACGGGCUGCAGCAUAUGUCAAAUCAAUUAACAAGGCCGAGGAAGAUUACCAAAGUGCGUUGAAUGAAUCAUAUCUUGACCUAUCGGAAAAUACGUUCAAGGGAUUGAGGCGAGCUCUCCCGUUAACGCGUCACAAAAUUGAUUGGGACAAGGUCCUAAAUUAUAAGAUUGGUCAAGAGCUUGCAACCAAGGCAACAAUAGAAUAA